ACAGCUGUCAACCUAGACAACCCAGCAGUAAUUGAAUCAAUUCCGGCCCAUAAUAACGAUCAAAGCACAAUGGAGCGGAAAACGCGCUCAAAUUAAUUCCUCGUAAUCUUGUCGAGUUCACCCGGUUGCCCAACAACUGCCUUCCCGGACCAUCCUCGCGCGGCGGAUGGACUCCGACUCUCUCAACUGCACGUCGAACAUCGGGUCGAGCCACAACUGGACCUGCUUCAUCGUCCACUAUGAGACGGACGCGACUCCGACAGCAUCGACGUUCGCCGAUACGUCCACCAACGCGACCGCCCUGGCCAUCUUGGCCAAUCUUAGCCGGGCCAAGUUCGAUGACUUUGAUACCGCUGUGGACGCGUACGAUGGGACCCGGACGGUGGGCCUGGAUCCGGCCUAUCAGCUCCGGUACGGGCUGGUUGGGACGGUUUUGUUGAGCGUUGCCUACACGCUCGUGUUCAUCGUGGGCCUGCUCGGGAACUUUGCCGUGGUCAUCGUGGUCAAGAAAAGCACCAUGAUGCGGUCCCCGACGAACCGCUUCAUCGUGAAUCUGGCGUACGCUGAUUUAUUGGUUAAUUUUCUCUGCCUGCCGUUCACGCUGAUUGGCAAUCUCUACCCGGCCUGGAUCUUGGGGGUGUUCUUCUGCAAGACGGUCUCCUACCUGCAAGGCGUCUCGGUGUCCGCCUCGGUCAACACCCUGAUGGCCAUUUCGAUCGAGCGCUGCGUGGCCAUUUCCUUUCCCAUCUCGGGCACCAUCACGACCAGACAGUACCGCGUGAUAGUCACCAUCAUCUGGACCAUUGCCCUGGGUAUCAAUCUUCCGUGGUUGUUUGUGUUUACGCUCAAACCAAUUGGGAUUCCGGGCAGCAUAGCACAGAUCUGCACCGAACUGUGGCCCUCGCCGGCCUCCGAGAGCUGGUACUUUCUGUUCGCGAACCUGUUUCUGUGCUACCUGGGACCACUGAUUGUGAUAUCCGUCUGCUACGUAAUCAUCUGGAAAAACGUCGCCUACCGGAAGCUGCCCCGGGAUCUGAUCAUCAGCCGGAAAAGCGAGGUGUACAACCGGAGCAAAGUGAAGGUGGUGAAAAUGAUAUUUGUCGUCAUCGUUACUUUCAUCAUUUCUUGGCUACCGUUGUACGCGAUAUUCUGCUUCGUUAAAUUCGGAGGCGACCUGGUUUAUGACGAGUCAGUGCAAACCCUGAUCCUGGGCGUUCUCCCAGUAGCCCAGUGGCUGGGCGCGGCCAACUCCUGCAUCAACCCAAUCCUGUACGCCUUCAUGAACCGGAAGUUCCGGGCCGGGUUUUGGCACCUGUUUCGAACGUGUUGCGCCGGAGAGGACGAUGAUUGGGUGCUGCCCACGACGGUGAUCCGUAGCGACGAGGCACGCGACCAGGUGCUGCGACGAAUCCGUUCGGAAAAGCACUACGUCCGCAAUGGGAACCAUCACCACCUCCACCAUGCCACCAUCAACAACGGCCAGAAGCCGGUCCAGUGUGGACCGAUGCGAUACUCGCAAUCUACCAAAGUGGUUUCAUUGAGUGAACUCACCUAGCGUUCGCGGUCCACUCUACAAACGAGUCCGUUUUAAUUAUGAAAAAUGGUUAGCCGAACUUUAAAAAAGGUCACACAUUUUACCAUUACAUAACCUUAGCAUUAAGUCUCCCCC